AUAGAUGAGGCCUUUCCCCGCCCCGUUAGCAAGGAAACUCCCAGAUUGGGGGGGGCGCGCGCAAGGCUAUGCAUGCUUACUCGUAAUCAAGUCACGCUGGAUUCAGUGGGGCUCACUCCCCCAGCCAGUUGCACAGGGUCUCCCCCAGCCAACUGCACAGGUUGUAGCCUCGCUACCUAGACCGCUGCAAGUGUGACUUUUCAACUGAGUCCCGCGGGCUACGCCUUCUGUCUCCAUUCAUGUCAGUGGUUGGUGAGCGUCUUUGGGAUUUUCUUAGCCGGCAGGCAGGCAGGCGUAAAGUCAUCAAAGAACAGCCUUGGAGCAGUGGGCGGGCCGGUGGCCUUUCUAGCUGUGGGCGAGAGAACAAGUCCCAACAUGUUUCUCGACGACCGUUUGUCCCAGACUGGUCUUGCCCCGCCCCCUUGAAGCGUCGUCGUUCGUAUACUAAUCGCCUACAGCACUUUCGCUCUUCUUCCCGUCUUGAAGUGUUUACUGUGUGCUUACAGGUGAGCCUGCCACGAGCCUCGGAGCGAGGCCUUCCCUUCUCCUCGCUUCAUAUGCUGGGCAAGAGACUUGUUGAAGUAGGUAACCUACUUUGUGUACUUAACAUGGCAUCAAAACUUCAUCAAAAAGCUCUUUCCAAAGAUGUAAAAACUCAUUGUGAGAAGAUGUGUGUGGUGCUGGGCAGUCCUGUGGGAAGAAUUGAGAUAUCUGGAUGUAAGACAGGGGUCCAUGAAAUCAGCCUUCAGGAAAAUGCUGUGCCACAGAAUGGCCAUAGACGUCCUGAAAGAAUGUUUUCAAACAGCCAUGGCAGAGGGGAGAGAGGACUGCUGGACUUAGGCCACAAAAUUGCCUUGGCCCCAGCGGAGCGGUACAGAAGGGGAGAUGACGAGAGUUCCAGUACAGUGGAUCGAAAAGUGUGUUUGACAGCCAGCACUGCAGAGACCUCUGUGUCUUGUGAAGUAUGUGAAGCUCCAAAGGAAGUAACAGAGCCACUGAAACAGUGUGUAGCUUGGCUUCAGGCCUAUUUCUGUGAACCCUGGAUGACAGAGAAUCUACCGAUACCACCUUUCCACCACCCACUGCUAGAGAAAGAUUCAUUCACCAGAGAAGUGUUAUGGACCCUGUUGAGAGAUGUGAAAUUUGGAGAGGCGGUUUCUUACAAGCAAUUAGCAGACCUGGCAGGCAACAGCAAAGCAGCCAGAGCUGUGGGAGGAGCAAUGAGAAGCAAUCCUGUCCCAAUUAUAAUACCGUGCCACAGAGUGAUUUGCAGCAGUGGACAGACUGGCAACUACACGGGAGGAAGUCAUCUGAAAGAGUGGCUUUUGUCACAUGAGAAGCUUCAGAAGAAAAAGUUAGCAUAUUGAUGCAGUUCAGGCACAGCUGUUAUACAGCCAAAACACAUAACGAAAGAUACUUGGCUUAUAACAAGCUUUCAGAACACACAGUAGAAUUCAGAAAAAUGGUAAAUAUUUGAGUGACAUAUAAAUAUAAUACAACAUCCGAAGCGAAAUGUGUGGUGGCACUACUAUAUUAAAAAAGCUGAAUGUGUCCUGAGGGAUACAGCUUGUAUGCCCUUUCUUGUUUUUACAUUUUACAGCAGAAUGAGUACAGAGGACUGUGCCUGUUGUACAUGUAUUUUGUUCCCAUCUCUAGUGCUGUUUUGUUCUAUUUUUAAUGUCCAUUAAAGCAAGGAUAAGGGAGUGGGAGGGGCAUGGCAAAUGUUAGAUGCAACUGCCCCUCUAAGGAAGCAUCUGGCUCGCAGAGGGGACAGCCGGGAAUCCACAGCCUUUGCGUGUAUUCGGAGAGCCAAAUUAAAUGCAUAAGCUUCAACACACACCUCCCCCUGUUCCUGCCUGGAUUUGUAUUUGUCCAGAUUGAAAAGCUUGUACCUCUGCCAGGCUUGGUGCCCAAGAUUUUCCUGUUUUCUUUGAUGUUUGAACUGUUGAAAUGAUGUUUUACGUAAACAGUUGUUAAUGAAACAUACUGAAAAUCCAUUCAAAAGGAAACAGCUAUUGAAUUGCCUAUUCACAGCUUUUCUUUUCAGAUCAUUGUAGAUGGCUAAAAGAUAUGAAUAAAAAUAUUUUGUCUCUAUUAGCAUUGCUUGAUACAGACAGAAAAAUAGAUGCUGAAAUGUAGUUUAACAACAAAAAUAUUUUUAUAAAAUUAUGCUGCUGAGUUACAGACGCCUUUUUCCAGAAUUUAGAAGCAUAAUUCUUUUCUUUUUUAAAAAAAUGUUUCUCAUCAGCAGUGCUUAUGGUUUUUAGUCAUCAAUUGCUUUAUUUAGUUUUCACAUUUAUACAUAUGUUAUACAGUACUCUGGAUUAUAAGAAGCAAAAGCUAUGCAUUAUAUUAAACAUAUAACACGGUCCAGAAAAAAUAUAGUCAGCCAAAGGAUAUUGAAGCUAAAAUUUCUGGUUAUUUAAAAAUAAGUCAAUGAAAGUAAAAUACUACAAACCACAAGAAACUCAAAUUUUCAGUGUUGCAAUAAUAAAUUGUAACACAGUAAUACUGAUUUUUAUGUUUUUUUCGCAUUCUUGUAGAUGUUGCUUUGGAAAGCUCAUUGCGAACAAAACUUAUUGUGUUGUUAUUCCAUUAAUGUAGUGUUACUAAGAUAUUAGAAUUACUUUAUUAAAACCUGUUAUGCAUGAA